UGCAGUGAACCUUAUCUCUUACUCCUGAAACUUGAAGACCCCACAAAACCGAUUCAGACCGUUGGAUGCUUGCCACUAGUUGUCGUUUUGGAGGGGAGGGAUGGUAACAAAGGAGGGGUAAGGGUUCAGUUACAUGUGGCUUGAAGCCUCUCUCAUCUCUCUACUGCAGCCUACCCUACGAUUAUUAGCUGUCUAUGGUGGGUAGCAAGUGAGAUUUCUGCUCCUCAUCUAUUUUUGGAGUCUGCAAAUCGGGAAAGACGAUAUAAGUUUGUGUUAUUUUACUAUGCAUGAAGGUUCCUUCAAUUUUUGAGUGAGAUCAUUUUGGAGGAAUUGAAGAAGAUAAGAAUGCAUCUUUAUUGAUCUUUUUUACCUUCGUAAGAACUGAGAACAAAGAGAUCAGCUCAGGCACAUCCCGUGCAUGACUACUUUUGGAUUCAGAUCAUCUGCUUCAGUCUUUUUAUGGAAUCCAAUUUCCAAGAUUUGGUCAGUCAGAUCAUGCCUAUUUCAGAAGUUCAUCACACAUCAAAAAAGGGAAAGUCUGAAUCCGCCCAUUCAAUGAAGAUGCCAAAUUACUCUUCUGAUCUAUCUUCCUUCAUGCCUGAACUUGAACUAGUCGAGCUGUUGUGGGAGAAUGGUCAAAUAGUGAUGCAGGGACAAUCUAAUAGAACAAAGAAGAGUACCGUUGGAACCGAGUUUGCCUUCAAUGGAAGAGUUGAGGAUAAAUUUGGGCAGAAUGGAGCAAUAGAUUCUGUGGCACAUGACUUACCUUCUACAGUCCCUUCUUCAAUGAAUGAUCAAGAAGAUGAUGCAGCUCCAUGGUUAAAUUACGCAAUAGAUGAUUCUAUUCAAAAUGACUACUGCUCAGAGUUUUUCUCUGAGCUUACUAGUGUUCAUAUGACAUCUUUGUCAGAUACAAAUAGCAAUCUUUACACAUCUAAUAAAAGUACCGGCUGUAGCCAAGCAACCAAAGAUUCACAUAUUUUUAGGUCCUCUCCAGGUGCUUCAGACUCAAGUAGAAGUAAGUUUAACAAUUUGUUGAAUAUGCCACACCAGUGCCACAAUUUAUCUGAGAAUGCAAAGCCAAGAGUGUUGGAAGUGGGAAUUAGUAGUGGCCAUUUUGGUGAUCUCAAUAGCACAAAGUUUCAGAAAGAACAUGUAGGUGUUCAGAAGCCUUUUCAUCAAAGCAACAGUGCAGGUUUAAUGAACUUUUCACAUUUCUCAAGGCCUGCUGCUCUUGCUAAAGCCAAUCUUCACAGUAUUGACAGGUUGAAGAGUCAUGAUAAAUCAUGUACUGCUGCAAGCAAUUAUCCUGUUGAGUCGACAGUAGUAGAGUCCAGAGAUGGCUUGAAGAGUCUUAAUCAGCCAAAGGUUGAUUCAGGUUCAUAUGGAAAGACCGGGGUUGACGAUGCAGAACAUGUUCAAAGUAGCACUGUGGUUAACAGAGUCAGCACUUCACCUAAUUGCCAAGCGUCAAGCUUUGCAGCAAGCAUGGCUGCUGAAAGAACUGAAGCUGAUAAGGGAACUGAAGCAGUUGUUGCUUCUUCUUCAGUUUGUUCAGGCUACGAUGCUGCAGCAGCUUCAAAUGAUUUAAAGCACAAAUCAAGAAAAAGAGCAAGGGAAGUAGAAGAAUCAGGAGAAGAGAGUGAAGAUCUUGAGGAAGAGUUAUUUACGGUGAAGAAACCUUCUUCAGGCCAAGCUAAAAGUGGAAAGAGAAGCCGUGCUGCUGAAGUUCAUAACUUAUCUGAAAGACGGCGAAGAGACCGGAUCAAUGAGAAAAUGAAAGCUCUGCAAGAACUCAUUCCCAAUUGCAACAAAGUUGACAAAGCUUCCAUGCUUGAUGAGGCCAUUGAGUAUCUUAAAACACUUCAGCUGCAAGUGCAGAUGAUGUCUAUGGGAAAUGGGCUAUUCAUGCAUCCUAUGAUGUUACCAGCAGGGAUGAAUUUUCAGCAUUUGAGAGCUCCAUCAAUUUCUCAUUUCUCACCACUUGGUUUGGGAAUGGGGAUGGGUUUGGGGUUUGGAAUGGGAAUGAUUGACCUCAACGGCUCUCCAGGUCUCAUUCCAGUUCCUCCAUUAAUGCAUGGCGCCCGAUUCCCUUGUCCUUUGGUUCCAGGUCUGGCAGGUUUUCAUGGAAUGCCACCUUCUUCCAGUAUUCAUUCACUUGGAGUCCCAGGACAAAGGCCCCCUUUAUCAGUUCCUCAUGCUCCCUUGUUCAAUUCUCAGGCAGGCCUUUUUCCCCAGAAUCCAUUGAAAGUUUCAGAAAAAGAUCCCUCUAGCUCAAACAAUCAACAGCAACAAUGCAUAAACUCGGAAGCAGUAGAAAAUGCAAGGACUAAAGAGUCAAAAGGAGAAGCUUCACAGGCUGUCUGUCCACUGAUGCAAAAGGAAAGUAAAGAAUUGCAUGUUAAUCCUGUUGUCAAUAGCAAUAAAACUACAUAAACCACAGGAACUACUCCAUUGGCAAGAAAAUUGUGGUUGACAGAAGUCAUCAACAUUACAUAAGAUGCAGAUCACUUCAGCAGAACCUUAAAAACCAAGAAUUUUGGAAAUGAUCAUGUUUUGUUCUCUUUUUUGUUUUAUUUUUCCCCUUUUCCUCCCUCUUUUUUUGUUCUUAUCUUCUUUUGCUAGAUUUGGAGAAUAUGUUUUAAUUAUGAAUCCUUCGAGGGAUGAAAUUUUUACUGUUCUAUAUGGAUAGGUGCACCAACCAAGCAUUUCAUUAUCUUCCUGUAGCAAAGUUCGGAUGUAAUCGUAGUUGUUUUUUAUUUUUUUCUCUAAGGGUCAAUUCCAGGCGGCUUUUUCUUGUGAGAUGGCUGUUAUAUUUCUGUUUGGCAACAACUUUAUCAAUGCUUUCUAAGAACUUUUAUGAUGA